AUGCGGGACGAGCGGCUUCAGCAGCGCCUGUUCGCAAAGGCGAAAUUGACCUGGGCCGACGCCUACAAUGAAGCCAUCGCAGCGGAGACAGCGGACAAAUCGACCCGUGAGGUGCGUCAGCGUCUGGCUGCAACAGAGCUUCGCGUUCACCACCAGGGGUCCGAAGGAGAGCGUGAGGGCGCGGCUGAAGACGUCUGCGCUGUGAAAGGGCCUACGAACCAGUGGACCCAAAACGUGACGGUCCAUCUAGACGGCGUUCCGUGCGGUGUGGAGGUCGACUCGGGAUCGUCGGUGACCGUGAUUUCGUCCAAGUCGUGGCAGCAGUUGUUCCCCACCAGGAGUCGUCGCCGGCUGAAGCCAGCAGACACACAAGUGUCCGACUUCCAGGGCAAGCGUAUACCUCUGGCAGGGAGGGAUACGUUUGAAGUUGAGUUUAAGGGGAAGCGGGCGACCCUUUCAUUGUUGGUGGCUGAGGGGGACAGAGUGAAUUUGCUGGGGCUUGACUGGUUUGAACCGUUGGGAAUUGCUAUUUCUGGCAUUAAUAGUGUAACGAAGAAUAAAUGGGCUGUACUGUAUAAGGAAUUUACUGAUGUGUUUGGGGGUGGCCUGGGAAAAUAUACGGGACCCCCAGUAGCGUUUGAACUUGAUCCUGCCGUGAGGCCAGUUCGCCUCAAGUAUAGGAAGGUUCCUAUUCCUCUUAAGCCCAGAAUUGAAGCAGAGCUGGACAAGCUCAUCGAGCAGGGCGUGUUAGAGCCAGUUCCCUUCAGUCGGUGGGAGACCCCCAUUGUGACCCCUGUUAAGCCGGACGGGUCAGUACGCAUCUGUGCUGACUACAAAUGCACCAUAAAUCGGGCAUUGCAGCAGCACUCGUACCCAGUACCGGUAAUUAGCCAUGUCUUGGCAUCGUUGGGGGGGGGGGAAGUUUUUGCGAAGUUCGACUUGGCCCAGGCUUACCAGCAGCUCCCCGUGACCAAGGAAGCUGCUGAGGCACAGACCAUUGUAACACACAGGGGGGCGUUCAAAGUAAACAGGCUCCAAUUUGGUGUGAACGUGGCCCCAGGGAUUUUUCAGGGCCUCAUGGAAGGGCUGUUGAGGGGGGUACCAGGGACAGUCCCUUAUUUUAAUGACGUUCUCAUUGCUGGGAGAUCCGAUGAGGAACUUAUGCACAGGGUCAGAGAAGUGCUCAAGCGUUUCCGUAAGGCCGGAUUGAAAGUAAAACAAUCCAAAUGUUUGAUAGGGGUGGAUAGCGUGGAAUUCCUGGGGUUCAGAGUGGACCAAAAUGGCGUACACCCCACAGACGAGAAGGUGAGAGCUAUCAAAAAUGCCCCUUGCCCCAUGAAUAAAAAAGAGCUGCAAGCCUUCCUCGGGCUGCUCAAUUUUUAUCACGCCUUUCUCCCCCACAAGGCGUCCGUGGCGGCACCUUUACAUGCGCUCCUUCACAAGGACGCAAAAUGGCGGUGGGGUGCUGAACAAAAAAAGGCGUUUGAAGGGGUGAAAUCAUUGUUGUCAUCAAAUGCAGUGUUGACCCAUUACGAUGACCAGAAAUUGUUGGUCUUGGCCGCAGAUGCCUCUCCUUAUGGGGUGGGGGCGGUAUUGAGUCAUGUACUGGAAGACGGACGGGAGGCCCCCGUCGCGUUUUACUCAAGGUCGCUAUCUGAAGCUGAGAAGAACUAUGCUCAAAUAGACAAAGAGGGACUGGCGCUGGUAUCAGCAGUUAAAAAAUUUCACGAUUUCUUGUAUGGCAGACAUUUCCUACUUGUGACGGACCACAAGCCGCUGCUUGGAAUCUUUGCCCCGGACCGGCAACUUCCAAAUAUAAUGUCUGCCAGAAUGCUCCGUUGGGCCUUGUUUUUGUCGGCCUAUGACUAUGACCUGGAGCACCGGCCGGGCAAGGCCAUCGGACAUGCGGACGCAUUAAGUCGUUGCCCGCUGCCCGGCCGAGAUUUGGACCCUGCGCCAACGGCCUCUGUGUUGGCCAUCGAAGAACUGCCGCAAGCACCCAUCACCUCCAAGGACAUUGCCGCUGCGUCGGCUAAGGACAGUGUAAUUGCGAGAGUUCUUAACUGGGUUUGGAGGGGGUGGCCGAUGGGUGCUAUGGAGCCGGAAUUUCGCAUGUACAAAGCGCGCCAAAACGAGCUGUCUGUGUCUAAGGGCUGUUUACUGUGGGGAAACCGGGUGGUGGUGCCUCACUGCCUCAGACAAAAAGUGCUGAAAUCACUCCAUGAGGGCCAUCCAGGCAUGGUCCACAUGAAGGCACUGGCCCGUGGUUAUGUGUGGUGGCCCGGGCUUGAUGCGGAAAUCGAGGAUUGGGUCAGAGUGUGUGAGCCCUGUCAGCAGGCUAGGCCUGAGCCGUCAACCGCCACUCCGCAGCGUUGGGAGUCGGCGGGAAAACCUUGGUCGAGGCUCCACCUAGAUUUUGCGGGGCCAGUUCAGGGACAAAUGUUCCUUAUUAUUGUUGAUGCGUAUACGAAAUGGUUGGAGGUUGCGCACAUGCAUUCCACCACUUCCGGGUCUGUCAUCAAUGUGCUGCGGCGCCUGUUUGCGACCCAUGGUAUACCCGAUGUAUUGGUCAGUGAUAACGGGACGCAAUUUACAUCUAUGGAGUUUGAAAAAUUUCUAAAGCUAGCUUCGUUCUUGCUCAGACAGCAUGUUACCCCUUGUUCAGCAACUGGCCGCAGUCCGGCCGAAAUGCUGAUGGGCCGGAGGCUGGCAACCCUAUUAGAUAGGUUGCACCCGGACCUGAAUGACCUUAAACCACCACAGCAGAGUGAACAAACGAAGGUACGCAUAUAUGAGAAAGAUGACAAGGUGUAUGCGAGAAAUUAUGCCAGUGGUCACUUGUGGCUCCCAGCCACUAUUGUUGAAACUGUUGGGUCCAGAAUCUCACAUUUACAACCUGAUAUGGAUCUGGACAAAGUCUUUGUGUUCCAGAUUCAAGCAUCAUACUUUUUGCCAAGUAAGCCAGAUAAAGAUCUUCUUGCCAACAACAAUAACAACUCAACAGGCCCUCAAAGAGUGAAAAUGAGAAUUAAUUACAUGGGCAUUCCAGCCAAUGAAGAGCCACAUCCUGAAUGGCAGGAUUUCACAGUGUUGUCAGACUGGGCACCAUGA